GCCUUUGCGGAAGUGGCCCCGGGAAGAUGGCGGCGGCGGGAGCGGCGCCGGGCCCGGCGGCGCUGAGGGAGGCGGGAGCGGCCGGGAAGGGCCGGGAUUCCUUGGGAAUGCUCUGGAAUUCCUUGGGAAUGCUCCGAGCGCUGCUCCUGGCCGCGCUGGCGGCGGGCUCGUGCUCCGGGAAUUCCGUGGAGAGGAAGAUUUACAUCCCGCUGAACCGGACGGCGCCCUGCGUGCGGCUCCUCAACGCCACGCACCAGAUCGGCUGCCAGUCCUCGCUCAGCGGCGACACGGGCGUGAUCCACGUGGUGGAGAAUGACACGGACCUGGACUGGGCCCUUUCCACAGGGCCCCACCCCCCCUACAUGAUCCUGCUGGACGGGAAACUCUUCUCCAGGGAUGUUUUGAUGCGGCUGAAGGGAAAUCCCCGGAUUUCCGGCCUGGCCGUGGCCGCUGUCUCGCCCGCCCCUUCCGGAGGAUUUUCCCCGGGAUUGAAGUGUCCCAACGAUGGAUUUGGCGUUUAUUCCCAGGAUUACGGCCCGCAGUUCUCGCACUGCAACGGCAGCGCCUGGAACCCCGCGGGCAGCGGCCUCUCCUACGAGGAUUUCCCCUUCCCCAUUUUCCUUCUGGAAGACGCCAACGAGACCCAAGUGAUCAAAGAGUGCUACCGCGCUCACAACGUCCCGCGGGAGGGCUCGGCGCCGCAGUUCCCGCUCUGUGCCAUGCAGCUGCUGGCCCACAUGCACGCGGCCGCCAGCACCGUCACCUGCAUGAGGCGCAGCUCCCUGCAGAGCACCUUCAGCAUCAACCCAGAGAUCGUCUGCGAUCCCCUCCUGGAUUACAACGUCUGGAGCUCCCUGCAUCCCAUCAAUUCCUCGGGAAAGGUGGAUCCCGGCCAGCAGCUGAUCCUGGCGGCCACGCGGCUGGACAGCCACUCGUUUUUCUGGAACGUGGCUCCCGGCGCCGAGGCCUCCGUGGGCUCCUUCGUGGCGCUGCUGGCGGCGGCCGAGGCGCUGCAGGCGGCUCCGGGCUCCCGGCGCCUCCCCAGGAACGUCCUGUUCGCCUUCUUCCAGGGGGUGAGAGCCUCGCGAGCCUUGGGAUCGGAAUUCUUCGGGAAUUCCUCGGGAAUGGGCAGCGCUCGGAGCCCUUUUCCAGCGGGGAUUUUUUCCCUCUGGGCUGGAAUUCCCGGCAUUCCCAGAUUUUGCCCUGGUUUCGUUCCCAGGUAUUUCCAGAGCAUCUACGACACCGCCGAGAACAUCGGGAUCCGUUAUCCCGAGGGAUUGACGCCCGAGGAGCAGCUGGAAUUCGUCACCGACACGGCCAAGGCGCUGGCGCAGGUGGCCACGCUGCUCGCCCGGACGCUGUUCACGCUCGCCGGGGGAGCCGAGGGCACCGAGAGCAUCCGGGCGGAUCCCAGAACGGUCACGCGGCUGCUCUACGGAUUCCUGAUCAACUCCAACAAUUCCUGGUUCCAGUCCCUCAUCAAACCCGACCUCAGGGGGAUCCUGGGCCCGUUCCCGCAGCACUACGUGGCCGUGUCCAGCCCUGCCAACACCACCCAGCUGGUGCAGCUGGUGCUGGGCAACCUGACGGGCACCAGGGUGAGCCUGUCCCGCGAGGAAUGCCAGAAUCCCGGGAAAGCGCCCGGCGCCCAGCCCCAGCUCUACGAGUACUGGUGGGUGCAGGGCCCGCUGGAUCCCGCCGGCAAUUCCUCCUCGCGCCUUCCCGGCUGCGUCCGCUCCGGCUCCCGCCUGGCGCCCGCGCUCUCGCCGGCCUUCGAGCUGCGCCGCUGGGAUUCCCGGGAAUAUUCCACGUGGACCGAGAGCCGCUGGAAGGACAUCCGGGCUCGCAUCUUCCUGGUGGCCAGCAGGGAGCUCGAGCUGCUGACGCUGGCCCUGGGCGUGGCCGUGCUGCUCCUGUCCCUGCUCUGCACCUUCCUCAUCAACGCCAAGGCCGCGCUGCUCUUCGGAAUUCCGGCCGAUCCCGGCUCCGCCGGCUACUGAGGAUCCGCGAGACGCUCGUGGGGAGCGCCUGGAAAAGCCGGGAUCCCCCCGGCUCCCGCCGGGAAUUCCGCCCGGAGCUCCCGAGCCCUGGGAAUGCCGGAGGCGUUCCCGGGAAAUGGCGUCCUGGGGGAGGGGGAAAUUCCCGGAAUUCUGGAUGGAUCCGGAGCCCUGAGGGGGAAAUUCCCAGAAUU